AUGCUCAAUUUCACAGAUGUGACUGAAUUUAUUCUGUUGGGCUUAACCAGUCAAAAGGAACUACAGGUGGCCUUUUUUAUUAUCUUUCUUGUGGUCUAUCUUGUUACCAUGGUGGGAAAUAUCGGCAUGAUGAUAUUAAUUAAGAUCAGUCCACAGCUUAGCAGCCCGAUGUAUUUUUUCCUCAGCCAUUUGUCAUUUGUGGAUGUGUGGUUUUCUUCCAAUGUCACUCCUAAAAUGCUGGAAAACUUGCUGUCAACGAGAAAAACAAUUUCUUACACAGGCUGCUUGACACAGUGCUUCUUCUUCAUUGCCCUUGUGCACGUGGAAAUCUUCAUUCUCUCUGUGAUGGCUUUUGACAGGUACAUGGCAAUUGGGAAGCCCCUGCUCUAUGGUAGCAAAAUGUCGAGGGUGGUUUGCAUUCGACUCAUUUCUUUCCCCUACAUAUAUGGAUUUCUGACCAGUCUGGCUGCAACACUAUGGACUCACGGUUUGUACUUCUGUGGGAAAACUGAGAUCAACCACUUCUAUUGUGCCGACCCCCCUCUCAUCAAGAUGGCCUGCGCAGGGACUUUUGUAAAGGAACUCUAUAUUAAGGCAAUGCCAAAUUUUACAGAUGUAACAGAAUUCCUUCUUGUGGGCUUAACAAGGCGCCAGGAGUUACAGGUACUCUUUUUUGCGGUGUUCUUGGUGGUUUACAUGGUCACGCUGCUGGGCAACGUUGGUAUGAUAAUUUUGAUCAGCAUCAGCCCUCCGCUUCAGAGUCCUAUGUACUUUUUUCUAAGUCAUUUGUCCUUUGUGGAUGUGUUGUUCUCUUCCAAUGUUACCCCCAAAAUGCUGGAAAACUUAUUAUCAGAAAGAAAAACAAUUUCUUACGUGGGGUGCCUGAUCCAGUGCUACUUUUUCAUUGCCCUGGUCCACGUGGAGGUCUACAUCCUGGCUGUGAUGGCCUUCGAUCGCUACAUGGCUAUCUGCAACCCUUUGCUGUAUAGCAGCAAGAUGUCCAGGGUUGUCUGUGUCCGCCUCAUUUCUGUGCCUUAUGUCUACGGAUUCUCAGUGAGUCUUAUUUGUACUCUGUGGACUUACGGUUUAUACUUCUGUGAAAACUUCGAAAUCAACCACUUCUAUUGUGCGGAUCCUCCUCUUAUCAAGAUUGCCUGCGGAGGAGUGUAUAUUAAAGAGUACACGAUGAUUGUUAUUGCCGGGAUUAACUUCACGUAUUCCCUGUCAGUAGUUCUCAUAUCAUAUUCGCUCAUUGUGGUCGCGGUGUUGCGCAUGCGCUCUGCUGACGGCAGGAAAAAGGCGUUCUCCACCUGUGGAUCACACUUGACAGCUGUUUCCAUGUUUUAUGGAACCCUUAUAUUCAUGUAUCUCAGAAGACCCACAGAGGAGUCUGUGGAGCAGGGAAAGAUGGUGGCUGUGUUUUAUACUACUGUGAUUCCCAUGCUGAACCCGAUGAUAUACAGUCUCAGGAACAAAGAUGUGAAAGAAGCCGUCAGCAAGGCAAUCGCCAAGGCAAACUUGAGAAAAUGA